AUGUGCAACCUCUGUCGACGAAUCGAAGCCAUAAAAACCAUCGACUCCAUCCUCCUCAAGCCCCUCAUCUGCAUCCUCACCAAAAUCCACGAAAAAUCAGAACCAGGACUCGGAGAUGUCCUAAUCUGGCGAGAAGGGCGCAUAAAAGCCAUCCAAAAGCGCUUGCUUCCCCUACAAAUUGGUCCUUUAAAAUAUCCCAUAAGAGCCAUUAUUGCCGAUUUAGAGUCCGAGUUGGCAAAAAUAGAAGUUAAGAAGAUGGAUCAUCCAGCCAUGAGGAGUGUAGGGAAGUUAAAUAGUUUGAAGGAAAAUAUUCUGCCUGAUGAGAGUUCAAGUAUUAGGGCGUGGAAGACGAAUAGAGCGGAGGAAGCUAGAGUUGCGAAAAGUACUACAGCUCUGAAGGUUAUUACUCAGAUGCAAGGUCAGAUCGAACGAGAUGUUUUAGUGGAUGAUUUGUAUCCGCAUCCCGAUAAUAUACAAUGGUCAACGCAGCUUGUUGAUGAAUGGUUUGCCAAGAAUAGUGAUGUUCUCUUAAGCGAGGGGGCUUCUGAAGAUGGGGCUAUGUCAUGGUGA